AUGGUGGAUGCGGCAAUUCCAUACCCAGAACCGAGCAUCGACAUCAUCCUGGUUCAGUCUUCGUUUCUUUUGCUCUCCAAUAUUGUUAGCACCAUUCUUGACCAUGUCUUCUACUGUGGUCUUGUGGGACAGAUUGUCUUGGGUAUGGCAUGGGGAACUCCUGGCUCGAAGCUCCUGUCUCAUACGUUCGAACAAGCGGCGACCCAGCUUGGCUAUCUAGGCUUGAUCUCCAUUGUGUUUGAAGGUGGCCUGGCAACUUCGGUCAAGUCUGUGCAGGAGAACUUGUUCCUCUCCAUAUGCGUUGCUGCCACAGGCAUUUCACUCCCAAUUGUAUUUUCUUUCUCUCUUCUUGCCCUCACCGAUGCUAGCAAUCUCCAAGCCUUUGCUGCUGGGGCUGCACUGUGUUCUACCAGCCUAGGGACAACCUUCAGUCUGUUGAAGACGACAGGGCUAACUACAAGUCGUUUGGGCAUAAUACUUACGAGUGCUGCAAUGCUUGACGAUGUGGUUGGUCUAAUCAUGGUGCAAGUCAUAACCAAUCUGGGAAGCCAUUCCGGAGACUUUGCAGCCUCAACUCUGUUGCGGCCAAUCUUGGUGUCUCUGGGGUUCGCGAUUUUAUUACCUCUGUUUUGCAAGUUUGUGUCCAUCCCUGCAUGCAAAAUUUGGAGUAAGAGCAAACUCCCGUUCCCAAGGUGGUGGGACAAGGUCAACAAGCAAAAUUCUCUUUCGUUACUUUAUUCAACUGGAGUGUUGAUAGCACUUGUUUCCGCUGCGACAUAUGCAGGCACUUCAGCACUGUUUGCCGCUUACCUUGCCGGUGUCUUUCUUUCCUGGUUCGAUGAGCAGAUUGGCGACGUGGAAAGGACUGGGUCGGCUGACGGCGCAAAACAACAGUCGAUCUCAGAUUCAGAAAAGAUCAACCCUAACCAUGCGGACCUUCAACCUUGUCCAAGCUCGCGGCUACCCCCGCCACCGCCAGAAGAAGGCCAUGCGAAAAGCGAGACCGCACGCUCAGCAGAACAUCCAGGGGGAUAUAUCCGACUCAACGGGCCUAGUAUGUGCAUGUACGACCAAUAUUACAGCCCAGUGGUGGAGCGAAUCCUGAAGCCUCUGUUCUUUGGAUCUAUUGGCUUUUCCAUACCUAUCACUGAAAUGUUCCGGGGAACUAUCGUCUGGCGUGGCAUUGUAUAUGCUAUGUUGAUGGCCUUUGGGAAGGUUUGUUGUGGACUAUGGCUCGUCCGUUUCACGUAUGACUCUGCCUCCAAGACCAAGACAACUGGCAAAAACAAGGAGAAGAAACAGGGCAAAACAGUUCCUCGACCCAAAUCCCUUUAUCCCGCCUGGCUACUGGGUUCUGCAAUGGUUGUCAGAGGUGAGAUUGGGUUCUUGAUCUCCGCUCUCGCCGCAAGCAAUGGAAUUUUCGCCGCCGAUGGAGAUAAUGUCCGAGCACCCUCUGAAAUCUACCUCGUCGUGACGUGGGCGAUCUUGUUAUGCACAAUAACAAUACCAAUUGCUCUCGGACUCGUCGCGAAGAGAGUCAAACGGCUUCAGAAACAAAGACAACAGAAUGGAGAUGCAGCCGGUCAAGAUCCAUUAGGUACAUGGGGAGUUGGUGGUUGA